CUACCGUGUCCCCCUCCCAUCCUCACCCGCCUCCCUUGCCCCCAGUUCCUCUUUCUCGUUCUUGGCCAGAGUGGUCCGGGACCUUCGCCCCCUUCGCGGCGCUGGACUAUGCGCGAUCUGCACGGCUGCUUCUACGGAGCGCACCCAGCGCAGCCGCUGGCUGAGGUGGGCUGGGUGGGAGUUCCCAGUGCCCAGGGGGGGGAAUUGGGCCCUCGGCCGACCUCGCCUCCCUCGGAGCAGGGCGAGCUGAGACAGCGGCUGCUCCAAGUCGGCCUCGAACUGAGUGGUCUAAUGCCGCGUAGUUCGCAGCCCUGCACGUCAAGUCAUGGAACACGGAGACCUGAUUCAGCUGCUGCUCUCUGGUGUGCUGCUGGGCGCUGUCUUGUCCGUGGCGGCGGCGGAGGGGGCCGAGCCCACGGCCCCAGCACUGCGAGCCAGGACUCUCCGCUUUGGCGACGGGCUGCGGCGCCCCCGGUCGCACGCACCGCGCAUUUCGCGGCGGCCCCGCGAGCGAAAUAUGAAGUUCGAGCGGAUCGAGCCCGAGGCCGUAGAGCAGCUGCAGAAGCCGAAGAGCACUGGGGUCUGGAUAUAUUCGAGCGCGCCUGGAGACAGCCUCGACUGCGGCGGUGGCCCGCAGGGCGGGACUGGAGGCGCUGCGUUGACCUGGGCGGCGCACACUGGAGAGUCUACGUCGCUGGGCACGGAACGUACCAGGCCGGGGGUAACCCGAACCAGGCGCGCUUCAUUAAGGGGGCCGCAGAGAAUUCCGCUGGCCGCAUCAGGGUCGGUGAGACGCAGAAGACCGCUGGGGAGAUGGACAGGUGGGUGGACGAGUGGAACAAGGGCGACGGCGCGAAAGAAUUCAACGUGGUGACGAACAACUGCCAGACGUUCGCCCGCCGCUUUGCCGAGUUCCUCUGCGAGGGGAACAGCAACUUGCCCGACCAUGCCGGGGUUGCGGCCAGCAUCGGGGACGGCUUCUUGAGCGCCGCCGCAGGCAUCGGCUGCUUUCUGCAGUACUGGCCGAACGACAACGUCAGCGCGGAGAUCGGGAAGGCCGGCGCGGAGGCUCGGGUGGGCUGGGCCGGGGCCAGGCUGGCGGCCGAGGCGAGCCUGGCAGCUAUCCACAUGCAGACCUCAACCGGCAACGACAUCCAUCGUCGAUGGCAACCUCCGCGUUCAGGCCGAGGGGCCGGCGGCACGGGCCUGCGCGCGGGUGGAGCCGACGCUCGGCUGGGUGGCGGCCUCGGCGGGCGCCUACGCGGCAGAGGUCUCCGCGGGACCCUUCGCGGCGCGCGCUGGCGUCAAGUUCGGAGGCGGAUUCGAGAACGGGAUUCCCGUUGUGCACGCGGGUCCCGUCAGCUGCAUCGUCAUGUGAGCUGCCGUCUUUGUCGGGAGGAGGAGGAGGAGGAGGAGGAGGAGGAGGAGGAGGAGGAGGAGAGGAGAAGAGGAGGAGAAGGACAGAGGUUAGAACCAUCUUUUCAAGGUGGUCGCUAUGAUGUGCUUGUUGCAUUAGGCAUUUUAGGCAGCACAGCUUUGCUCGACAGUUUGCUGCAGAGCUUUUUCCGACAUCAGACGAUGAUGAAUGCGUGUUGCACUAGGCCGCACGCUUGUAAUUUGCAAGCUUGGGGUAGAGAAUUCCUUGCAUGCUGCGCCAGGCGCUGUUCUCGAGCUAGCCGCCACAUCGCGUUUUGAGUCGAGUACGAGCGGGUGGGCGUUGAUACGGGAAAGUGUGUGGCAAUGUAGAACGAGUGCGCGAUCAGAAGAUUUGGGGCCGAGCUCCUUUUUUAACGCGGUUAGCAGUACGGGACUGCGCUGUUUAUAAGUUUGCGGCCACAUCGCAUGUUGUUUCGAGUAUGACGAGGUGGCCGUGGAUAAGGAUCAAAGCGGAAGAGCAGUAGUUGGUGCGGGGCUGCCAUUGCCAUAGCGGUUUCGGGCCACAGCCUAGUUCCGCCUUACAGUCCUCUAUUGCGCCAUUAUGCUGUGUUUUUCGAUCCUCUGUCUUCGCCCUUCUUCGUUUCUCGAGUCCACUUGCAUCCUGGGUACUAUUUAUCCCUAUUCGCUCUUAGACCGCCUGGGGCCUGGCGAGGGCCCCACCAAGAGGUCGAACAUGCUCGAAAGCCUCCCGUCGUGGUUGCCAUGGGGAAGCCAGCCAUGGUGACGAGGGGCCUCGCCGACGCCAGGAAGGGGCGACCAACGAAUAGAAGCACGGAUGUCCGAGCCUCCCAGUCCAACCUCCCUCUAGAACCUCCUUUGUCCGCCCCUCUCCUCUCUUUGCCCAUCCGCUGUGCUGCCGCCACCCCUAUGGCGAUACUGGCACCGUCCGCUCUUCAGGUGGCCCCGCCCGUGGGGCCAGAGGAAGGCGACCUCUGCCGCAACCUCGCUCCCAUCCUCAGGGGCAACGUUGGGGUGGGACAGGCUCAGAGUUCGGUCGGGCGUGCCCCUCUACGGGGGGAACCCUCC